AGAGAAUCUCCAGUUAAAAAAGAGAUGGAUGAAGACAAUACUGACGAUGAUGAUGAUGAAAGUGAAGAUGAAUGGGAGGAUGUGGAAGAACUCCAGGAACCUGCCACAGAUAAAUUAGAAGAAGCUGGUGUUCUUCCGGCAGUGGUGCUGCCAAGCAAUCCUGUCGAGAUAGAGAUUGAAACCCCAGAGCAGAUGAAGAAAAGAGAGAGGAGAGAAAAAAGGAGAGCCGAGUUUGAGAUGUAUCUUCGGAGAAUGAUGAAACGUUUCAGCAAGGAGGUUCGUGAGGACACACAUAAGGUUCACCUCUUGUGUUUAUUAGCAAAUGGUUUCUAUAGGAACAGGAUCUGCAGCCAACCAGAUCUUCAUGCCAUUGGUCUAUCCAUCAUCCCCAUCCACUUCACAAAAGUGCCUGCAGGCCAAGUGGACCUUCUCUACCUUUCCAACUUGGUGAAAUGGUUUGUUGGAACCUUCACUGUCAAUGAUGAGCUUUCCACUGAAAAAGGAGAGCCCCUUCAGUCGACCUUGGAGAGGCGCUUUGCCAUCUAUGCUGCACGAGAUAAUGAAGAGUUGGUUCAUAUAUUUUUAAUAAUUCUGCGAGCAUUGCAGCUGCUGUGUCGCCUCGUGCUGUCUUUUCAGCCCAUUCCUCUCAAAGAGACAAGAGCAAAGGGAAAAAGCUCAUCCAAGAGGCAGUCUCUCAGUGGUACCUCUGAGGGGCAGGAGAGCUCUGCCACAACACCCAAAGCUGUGGCAAAAAAAUGCCCCUGCAGAAAAGCCAAACAGGAUGAAAAAUCCUCAGAGAGCGAAGAAGACAACAAGGAGCCAAAGAAACACAAAACUGCUCAGACCAAAAGGACACGCAAGUCAAAGCUGACUACAGGCAGCCAGGAACAGAAGGAAUCUAGUAAUGAAGAGACCUGUUUAGUGGAAAGAGAUGUGCCAGUCAGGCCCAAGAAUGAUCGCCGGAGACGAGUGGCCUCCAAAGUGUGUUACAAAGAAGAGAGUGGAAGUGAUGAGGGCAGUGUUUCGGACUUUGAGGUUUCAGAAGAGGAGAAUGAUCUCUCAGAUGAGGAUUUUGAAACUGUCUCUAAAAGGCAGAGGAGCUCACUGGGCUCCCAGAAGUCAAAGGUAACGGCUAUAAAAAGCCCAAAAACUGAGACUUCAGAAUCAAGGCUAUCCAAAAAUUCAUAUGGAGCUAAGCCUAGGCCAGCAAAAAGUACAGCUCCAGCGUUGCCUCAUGCACAGAGAAAGAGAAACAAAAUAAUUUCUAGUGAUGAGGAUGAUGGACAGCAGGAGGUAAGGAAAGUGACAGGCAGAGACCAGUGGCUGGAGGUUUUCCUUGAACGGGAGGACAAGUGGGUGUGUGUAGACUGUGUUCAUGGCAACGUUGGCCAGCCCCAGCUGUGCUUCACAUAUGCCACAAAGCCGCUUUUCUAUAUUGUGGGAUUUGACAACGAUGGGAGUGUCAGGGAUGUGACGCAAAGAUAUGACCCAGUGUGGAUGACUGCAACAAGGAAGAGUCGUGUGGACCCUGAGUGGUGGGAAGACACGCUACAGCCAUAUAAAAGUCCCUGUGUGGAAAGAGACAAGAAGGAGGAAAAUGAGUUUCAAGUUAAGCUUCAAGAUCAACCUCUACCAACAGCAAUUGGAGAGUACAAAAACCACCCUCUUUAUGCACUGAAGAGGCACCUCUUGAAAUAUCAGGCAAUCUAUCCUGAGUCAGCUGCUGUCCUAGGGUACUGCAGGGGAGAGGCUGUCUACUCCAGAGACUGCGUACACACGCUGCACUCCAGGGACACUUGGCUGAAGCAAGCUCGAGUGGUGAGGAUUGGAGAAGUGCCUUACAAGAUGGUGAAAGGAUUUUCCAACCAGGCAAGGAAGGCACGCCUUGCAGAGCCUGCAAACCGGGACAAAGAGGACUUGGCACUGUUUGGUCGCUGGCAGACAGAGGACUAUCAGCCACCUAUAGCAGUGGAUGGAAAGGUUCCUCGGAAUGAAUAUGGAAAUGUUUAUCUCUUCCUGCCAUCCAUGUUACCCAUUGGCUGUGUGCAGCUGAGACUCCCAAACCUGAACAGAUUGGCGCGGAAGUUGGACAUUGACUGUGCUCAAGCCAUCACUGGAUUUGAUUUUCAUGGCGGCUACUCGCACCCAGUUACCGAUGGCUAUGUUGUCUGUGAGGAGUAUAAAGAGGUCCUCAUUGCUGCUUGGGAGAAUGAACAAGCAGAAAUAGAAAAGAAGGAGAAGGAGGUGAGAAUUAUUUUUGCAGCUUCCUUAUUGUUACAUUUAUUAAGUAAAUUUCAUUUAAACUGUGGACAGUCGAACAAGGGUGGGCUGUGUAAGCAACAGACACAGAGCUCUGUGACUGUGAGCGGCUAG